CUUUAUUAAAGUAUUGAAGGGGUGUCUCUCUCACUACCAUUUGUACUGCAAGGGGCACAGAGCCUCAGAGCAGAAGCUGCCACAGAGAGCCUGAGACUGAAAAGACGGGAAGAGGAAAGUAACUAAAACACAAGGAAUCAUAAACCAGACAGUCAUCUACAUCCCCCAAGAAGACAAUUACAGCAUGGAGGUCCCCAGCUACAUGGGAACUGAGAAGUACCAGAUGCUGGAGCUCAACAAGCGUUUGGAGACAUACCUGGGCAGGGUGAAGUUCCUUGAGGAGGAGAACAAGCUGCUACAUGGGGAAGUUGAGGCUCUGAGGCAGAGUAAGAACCAGCGGGUCUGGAAAGGACAGCUGGAGGGUGAGCUGAGGAAGACCAGGGAGGAAGUGGAGGCAGCUUUGAGGGAGAAGGACAGGGUGGAGCUCGAAGUAAGCAAUCUUAAUGAGGAGCUGCAGAUGCUUCAGCUACAGAGGAAGAAGGUGGCAGUUGCCCGGGCUGAGACCAAGAAGACAGUAGAUGAAAGUAAGAAACAACUGGAGGAGGAACAUAGAGGCCAGAUCUGGCUACGAGAGAAGCUGGCUCAACUGGAGAAAGAGCUGCAGUUCCACAUGGAGGUCCACCAAGAGGAUGUCUCACUCCUGCAAACCCAGAUAAUCCACACCCAGUAUGUCCCUCCUCAUACUUAUGUUCAACCACAGCUACUUGGCCUUGAGGACAUAAAGCAAGAGUUCUCCCAGAGGGCUGCCCGGGCAUGGCAGGAGGCAGCGGGAUCAUUUCAGAACCAGGUUCAGCGUCUGGAAGACUCUCUGACCCAGGCCAAGUCUCGUAUGGCCCAGGUGAGCCAAGAGAAGAAGGAGAGCUACUUGAUGGCCCAGUGCCUAGCCAAGGAGCUGGAAGCAGCCCAGGCCAAGAAGGAGCUCCUUGAGAAGAACGUUUCUCAACAGAAGGACAGGCAGCUGAAAGAGCUCCAGCACCUAGAGGUGCAUCUGGAGGCCCUGGAAAGCGAGAAAGCAGAGCUUAGUAACCAGACUGCGGCUAUUCUGAAGGACAGACACAACCUGCUGCAGCUGAAGCUGUCGCUGGGGCUGGAGGUGGCCACAUACAGAACUCUACUAGACAGUGAGAGUCUGAGACCACGUGUGUCUCCCAAAAUUUACUACCAGAGUGCCAGCACUUCCCGUGAAGUGCCAAAGCAUCAGACUAUUAAACAAAGCCUUACCCCCACCAUUUCAGUAAAGCCUGGGAGGAGGUCUGAGAUGACUGCACCAACAAUGGCCCCAGCAAGCCUUCAGGCCCCAAAAGUCAACCCUAACGAAAAGUCCAUCAGAUCUGAAAUGACAAAUAAUGAGGAAGAUGGAUGGUGUGCAGAGUCACCCGGUUCUCCAGGUUGGUCAACACAUUACUCAAAAGCAGAUGUGAUUGACAGCAGUUUAAGUGGAGAUGUAAGAGCCGUUGAGGCCGAUGAGGGGGAGGACCAUGCCUACGCUCUCUCUGAGCAAAUGGCACAAGAAUUAAGAGCCACUGUAAUUAGUCUAGACACAUCUGUCACCGAGACGUCUGCCAUCAGGGAAACGCACAUUAAAGAAAUGGAGGAGGAAUGUAAUUUAGAGAUCGCUGGGCUCGAAAAAAAUCUGACAAAGCAGCCGUCCCUUGCAGGAGAAGAGUUAGACCAGGAUUCAAAAAACACAUUAAAAUGUUUGACAGUGACACCCCAAUUCGCUGUUGACAUCAAAGGGCUCCUUAGCUCUGAACAAACACUUGAUGUUUCUGAAAAAGAAAAUCCAGAUGCUUUGAAGGCCGAUCAACUGGAAGACAACUUUAGUGACAGACCUGUAGAGGAGGUCUCUGAAAUGACUGAAAAGUACCUUCCAGUUGAAGCUGUAGAUGAAUCAUUGUUAGUAUGGGGUGAAAAACAAGUAGGGUCAGAGGAGGUUAAUGGAAUGGAAAGCAUGACAUCGGGAUCUAAGUCAGAACCAGAAUCAGAAAGAGAAUUAGAACUGGAAACCAUCCCAAAUGAGACAGAUUCCUUUGGCUUUGAGGCUUUAGUUAGUAAUCAGUCCAACUCUGCGGAGUUAAUGCUGGAUGAGAAAACUGCAGAAGAAUCACAGUCAUCUAUGACAGAAGUAAAGGGUAUGCAGUUUUCGGAAGAGAUUUCUUUGAAUCACAGGCAGACAACAACAUCUUAUGAAGAAAGUAAGGACAAUGUGGGGAGCAUGGCCCACCAGCAAGUGGACGAACUGACUCUGGAAGAAUGUAGAACUUGUGAACUGAAGGGAUGCGUACGUAAAUUAGAGGAAGAGAAUGCAGGAGAUGUAGCAGAACAGACGUGUGAUAAUGGGGAGAGAGAUGAGGAAAAAAUAGAUGGAGUGAUGGAGGUAGGAGAAGAAAAUCAGAGUUUCCACACCAGCACUUUGAUUUUCGAGUGCCCAAGAGUAGAGAAAACUAAUGAACAGCAAGUGCAUUUAUUCACCAAUGCGGAGCAACAAGAAUUCUCUGACAAUGACGACGUUUCGAAUGCCACCAAUUCAUGGAGAACAGGGGGAGAUCUUGACAGCACUGAUAGCUAUGCUUUGGAGAACACGCUUGCCGACACCCGUCCCUUGAUCCGAUACAGGAGUGAUGAGACAGACAUGAACACUCAAGCAUCACACUUAGGCGAGACCGACUCCAGUGAGGAUGAAGAACAAGAGUCAGGAGCGGGAAUUUUUGAAAAGGAAAAAAGGUACAGCCUCGGUUCUAGAGGCGACCGGAUGAUAGAGGAUCUCAUUGAAGAGCCAGAAUGGGAGGAGAUACAAAAGAGCGAGAAUGCAGGCUGCUUUAAUAAUAGAGAGACUGAUACAAGUCAAAUAGAGGAGGAUGAUGGUCACGGAAUUGAUAAAAUUGAAGAGAAAGAGAUACAUUUUGAAGGCAAUGUUGGAUGUUUGGAAUCUGAUGGAAAAUCUGUACUGGAGAUAGACAGGAAAGCAAUGUUAAGUGAAGAGAAUAUAGACCUAGAUCAAGCAGAACAGGACAGGGCUCUUGGAAAUAAGGCAUAUGACCAGACAAACCUGAAUAAGGACAUGGGUGAUCAUGUUGAUGGAAUCGUAAGUACAGGUUCAACUGACACCAAAGCAGAUUUAGAAAAAUAUUGUUAUGAUAAAGCCACACCCCUAAGUAGUAUGGAGGUGGACAGCAAUUUUCUACCACAAGAAACAGACUCAACUGAUAUCAAAGCAGAUUUAGAGAAAGACGGUGAAGAUGACCCCACAACCCAAAUUAAUUGGGAGGUGGACAGCAAUUUUCUACCACAAGCAACAGAUUCAACUGAUAUCAAAGCAGACUUAGACAAAGACAGUGAAGAUGACCCCACAACCCAAAUUAAUUUGGAGGUGGACAGCAAUUUUCUACCACAAGCAACAGAUUCAACUGAUAUCAAAGCAGAUUUAGAGAAAGACAGUGAAGAUGACCCCACAACCCAAAUUAAUUUGGAGAUGGACAGCAAUUUUCUACCACAAGCAACAGAUUCAACUGAUAUCAAAGCAGAUUUAGAGAAAGACAGUGAAGAUGACCCCACAACCCAAAUUAAUUUGGAGGUGGACACCAAUUUUCUACCACAAGCAACAGAUUCAACUGAUAUCAAAGCAGAUUUAGAGAAAGACAGUGAAGAUGACCCCACAACCCAAAUUAAUUUGCAGAUGGACAGCAAUUUUCUACCACAAGCAACAGAUUCAACUGAUAUCAAAGCAGAUUUAGAGAAAGACAGUGAAGAUGACCCCACAACCCAAAUUAAUUGGGAGGUGGACACCAAUUUUCUACCACAAGCAACAGAUUUAACUGAUAUCAAAGCAGAUUUAGAGAAAGACAGUGAAGAUGACCCCACAACCCAAAUUAAUUGGGAGGUGGACACCAAUUUUCUACCACAAGCAACAGAUUCAGCUGAUAUCAAAGAAGAUUUAGAGAAAGACAGUGAAGAUGACCCCACAACCCAAAUUAAUUGGGAGGUGGACACCAAUUUUCUACCACAAGCAACAGAUUCAACUGAUAUCAAAGCAGAUUUAGAGAAAGACAGUGAAGAUGACCCCACAACCCAAAUUAAUUUGGAGGUGGACACCAAUUUUCUACCACAAGCAACAGAUUCAAUUGAUAUCAAAGCAGAUUUAGAGAAAGACAGUGAAGAUGACCCCACAACCCAAAUUAAUUGGGAGGUGGACACCAAUUUUCUACCACAAGCAACAGAUUCAAUUGAUAUCAAAGCAGAUUUAGAGAAAGACAGUGAAGAUGACCCCACAACCCAAAUUAAUUUGGAGGUGGACACCAAUUUUCUACCACAAGCAACAGAUUCAACUGAUAUCAAAGCAGAUUUAGAGAAAGACAGUGAAGAUGACCCCACAACCCAAAUUAAUUGGGAGGUGGACACCAAUUUUCUACCACAAGAAACAGAUUCAACUGAUAUCAAAGCAGAUUUAGAGAAAGACAGUGAAGAUGACCCCACAACCCAAAUUAAUUGGGAGGUGGACAGCAAUUUUCUACCACAACCAACAGAUUCAACUGAUAUCAAAGCAGAUUUAGAGAAAGACAGUGAAGAUGACCCCACAACCCAAAUUAAUUGGGAGGUGGACACCAAUUUUCUACCACAAGAAACAGAUUCAACUGAUAUCAAAGCAGAUUUAGAGAAAGACAGUGAAGAUGACCCCACAACCCAAAUUAAUUUGGAGAUGGACAGCAAUUUUCUACCACAAGCAACAGAUUCAACUGAUAUCAAAGCAGAUUUAGAGAAAGACAGUGAAGAUGACCCCACAACCCAAAUUAAUUUGGAGAUGGACAGCAAUUUUCUACCACAAGCAACAGAUUCAACUGAUAUCAAAGCAGAUUUAGAGAAAGACAGUGAAGAUGACCCCACAACCCAAAUUAAUUUGGAGGCGGAGAGCAAGUUUCUACCACAAGAAACAGAUUCAACUGAUAUCAAAGCAGAUUUAGAGAAAGACAGUGAAGAUGACCCCACAACCCAAAUUAAUUUGGAGGCGGACAGCAAUUUUCUGCCACAGCAAGGAACUAUAGAAUGUGAGGAAUUCAUGGAGCCAAAGAGUCAUGCCAGCUGUGACAGUGAAACAAACCUUGUCAAUCCUGUUAAUAUCAACAGUGAAGAAAGCUCAGGGAAUUUGUCAGACAAUGAGGAAGGUAUCAGAAAAGAAUCAUUUGUUGAGAACUUCACGAUAUCAUCAUAUGGGCAGUCACCAUCCACUGAAAAUGACAACACCAGUGAGAUAUUACAUUCACAAACUGUGACUUCAGACGAAGGGUCAGAAAAAGUGCUGAAAAGUGAGGUAACGGAAAUGCGUCCUGAGCAGAAAGAGGAGGAUGGCGAGAACUCAUCCAUGCUAACAAAUGUGGAUUUCAACGAUGAUCUCUCAUUGCACAGUGAGAUCACAAGCAUCGCAGAAGUUCUAGAACAUACUGCCAUAUCAGACUUAGAGGAUUCGUACAGUUCUGAAGAUGACUCACCCAAUGCCAGUCAGUCAUUAAAAUCUAUCAAUCAGGAGGACAUCUCUGAAAAUCACAAAGAGAAGGAAACAAUGACAUGUUCUGUGAAUGAUUCUGGAUUAAUAGGAGGGACAGAGAAGCAUUUUCCAAAAUUAUCCAGCACCUCUAUAGAAAAUGCCUGGGGCAGCAGUGAUCACAUCCAAGAUGAUAAGAGGGGGAUUCUAGGCACAGAUUUAAAGGCAUCUGACCAGUUUAUCCAAAGUGACGAAAACAUAAAAGAAUACUUUUCAUACACCGAGCAAAAAUAUGGAGAGUCAAAAGCUUCGGAACAGCAAAAUGGAAACGAUCAUGAUAGUGAAACAAAGGAAGAUGAGAUCUUCACAGCAGAAGUUGAGGGACUUCCCCGAAUACAUGAAAAAUGCACAGAGUUGUUCAGCGCCACUCUUAAUGAAGAGUUCUGGAAUUCUAAUGGAAAGAUGGGAGCCUUCUUUCAUCCACAGGAGUGUGGGAAUUCGGAAUGCGUUCACACGCACCCUAAUCAGAACGCGGAAAAUACAGAGAACAUGCUAGAAACAAAACAAUGCACAGAAUUAAGACUAAAGGAGGCUCAAUCACACGGUCUACCAGUGCAAGAGCAGAUCCCGGCUCACAUCGAGCAGCUAUUGUACGAAAACAUGGAAAGAGACAAGAAACAUUCUGAAGAAUCUCUGGAAGAGGAAGACUCCUGGUCUGGUGGAGAAGAUUAGGAAGUGCUGGGAGGAAAGUGAAGAUGUUCCGCUGAAAUUACUUCCUAAGCAGCUCUGAAAUUAAAGUCUCUACGAAUGAUCAGUACUUUUGAGGGGAUUAGAAUGCAUUCUAUCCCAUAAAUAAAACCGAAUAAGUAUAUUCUCUGAAACAAUGAUAGCACAUAACAGUGCAUAUAAAAUAAAUUUAAUUGUGGCAGAUAUACAGGACUGAACAACAGCGUCUUACAUUUUCAAAGAAGAGUUUAUAACAUCAAAUAAUACAUCAUGUAUGUAUUUUCAGAGGUUGUUCUUGAAGGUUUGACAUUUUGUAUGAAGACAUGAGACAAACACAUCCCUCAUGGAGAGGGUAGCUGUAUUUGAUAAAGUUUGCGUACUGCAUGAGAAGGUUUGAUGCAUGACUUUUAGCGAGGACUGUUUAUCUGAGAGUUAACAGGAGGAAAACAUUUAAAGUAGCAUGAUAAUACAAUUUAUUUUUUGAUUUUAAAUAGUGAAGUUUUCUUUAAAAAACGUUUUUAAAAGCCUAAAUUUAAACAUCCUUUAAACAACACCGAUAGUGCCUAUACUACAACUAACUGACAUUUCUAGACCAUCCUUAAGCAGUUAUUUUUUAAAAUUGGACCUUUGAUGAUUUUAGUAGGUUUUACAGAGUGUGUAUCCAAAACAGAAAAUACCAAAAAAGUAAGAAUAUUUAUUUCUGAGUAUUUAUCAGAACUACAUCCUCAUUCUGUAUUUUUUUUUGCGAAGUUACUGGGCAGCCAAGUCCUGCCUUUUAAUCCUGUCACAGUAAGUUCUACAAAGCGUCUUUAUUCAUAUGUGUGCAAUUUCAAAUUUCACCUAUUCUAAUACAUAUAAAUAAAUCAGUUCAAGCACUACAUACCAAAUUUCUCUAAUACUUUCUAUGUUGACACAGUAGUAUAAAUUCUGAAUUAUGAAUGAUAAUAUACGGUAGUGCAGGUAUUCGGAAAGUUGGAUAUGUUUGUGAACACCACUUCCCUUUGCUUCAGAGCCAGACGGUGUAAAUUAGAUCUUUGUAUUCUCAUUUGUCUUUGUUAUUGGAAAACCAGUUCAUUUCUGUUUCCAGGAUACAGCACUUCAGAAUGUUCUUGUAGACAAAAGUUACUUUCAUUUAAAACUGUUAAUACCCUGGCUGACAGCUAUGUUCCUCCGAGGGAAGUAAAUGUCUAGCUUCAUUGUGUUCAACAAGGUAGCACCGGGUAGGGGGGAAUGUCUUGUGGAAUACACAGUUGCAAGUCUUACCUGUGUAGUUUUGAUGGCCAUCUUGUUUUGAUAAAAUGUGCUAACAUUGUGCAAGAGAAAAUAAAGUAAUUGGCAAAGAGUUUAUGAAA